UAGCCAAAUAUAACUCGUACUUGUUUCACUACGUCGUGAGCCGUGAUUGAGAAUCGUUCCUCAGUUGAGUCUACGGCGAUCCGCGAGAUACACAAGUCACAAUGGCAGCAGAUCUGAAAGACGUUGAAAUUGAGAAGGCUCAGUUUGUCUUUUCCGUUUACGAUUGGGAUGGCAGCAACAGCAUUGAUGCCUUCGAUGUCGGAAACGCUCUGCGUGCCCUUAAUCUGAACCCAACUCUGGAUCUCAUCGGCAAAAUGGGUGGAACCCAGAAACGCGGUGAGAAGCGAGUUAAGUUCGAUGAAUUCCUCCCCAUCUACGCCCAAGUCAAGAAGGAAAAGGACAUGGGAUGCUACGAGGACUUCCUCGAGUGUCUGAAGCUGUACGACAAAGAAGAAAACGGCACCAUGCUGUUGGCUGAAUUGCAGCACAGUUUAAUUGCCUUGGGUGAAAGAUUGAGCGACGAUGAGCUUGACGCUGUCUUCAAGGAUUGCAUGGACCCCGAGGACGAUGACGGUAACAUCCCAUAUGCACCCUUCCUCAAGAAGAUGAUGGAUAACAUGGUCGUCAUCAACCACAAGUAAACAUUUGAACGAACAUCAUUCAAUAACUAAAUUUACCAACAUGUAAUAUGUAAGAGUAUUCCAUUUCUUCAGAGAUUGUGUGACCACAAACCAUGAUUACAUCUAUUUUUGCAAUUACUACUGAUUGUAGAAUUUGUUAUGAUGGUUAUAUAAUUUGUUGAAAACAAAAAUAAAACAACGUUAAAAGAACAACCAACGUCCAGGGAAAAUAACGAAACAACAUCGACAAAAUAUAAACAAGAAAACAACAGCGUUUUAUCAACAUCAGCACGUUAACAAAACUGAUAAUUUAUAAUGACAUCUAGUAUGGGAGCGGUUAUUAUUAAUUUCUUUUUUUAAGUUUUUAAUAAAAGUAUAUGUAUAAAGAGAUUAUAUAAUCCCUGGCAGUA